CUCUAGUUUGAGAAUACUACCAGGAAAUACACAAGUGAAACCUCUGACUGUAACUCAUACAUACAGACCGUUCAGCUGGUGGAGAUUCUUCUAAACACACCGGGGAGCCUCUCGGAUAACAUGGCAGCUUCUAUUUGUGCCUUUAUCCUGACGCUGUCCGCGCUGUGCGUCUCCAGAGUCGUAUCGGGAGUCCUGAGCCCACCCAUCAACGUCCGCUUGACCUCUGAUGACAUGGAUCUGGUGCUGCGAUGGGAUCCACCUGAGGGGGCACCGAGCGGACUGGUCUACACGACUGCUUACCAAAGUUCGUUCCCGAGCAGCAAGACCGGCUGUGUGAAGAUCUCAGCCCUCGAAUGUGACUUCACCCAGUUCAACAUCAGUGUGUACGGAAGUUAUUUUGGCAAAGUGCAGGCACAGCUCGGGUCGGAGGAGUCCUCCUGGGUGGAAAGUAACACUAUCACCAUGGACAAAGAAACUUCCAUCAGCCCCCCCAACGUGCAUGUGUUCUCCAGCGGGGCGUCUCUGGAACUCAACAUCGAAGAUCCGGCGUUCAGGAUCUCAUCCCUGAAAAACGUGUACGGCAUAGCUACUUACAACAUCACCUACUGGAAGGACGGCUUCAAAGAGCAGGCCAAAAGCUUUAGCGUCCCCCAUCAGAACCGGGUAUUUCUGAGUGAGGUGGAUCCCUGGAGCAAGUACUGUGUUCAAGUCCAAAUAAACACUGGCAGAAGCGUUAAGCCCAGCAAGCCCAGCAGAGUUAUCUGUGAAAGCACCACAGCAGAAGAAGCUCCCUGGGAGAAGGUCGUGGUGGCAGUUGUCGUCAUGGUAGUGGUCGUGGCUCUGGUGGUGGUGGUGGUGGUGUACUGGAAACAUAUCUCCCAGUUUAUCAAUCCAAAAGAUUUACGAGAUGUGAAGUUCAAAGAGUCUCUGCUGGCACCUCUAAACUCCUCCAUAUACAUGGCCAUGCGGAAUGCACCGCCCCUUGAGGAGGUCUACCACCCGGUCAGAGUGGAAGGCAGCAGGACUGUGAAGGAAGGAGGUUCUCUGGAGGCAGCUGGGAGAAGCUCCAACAAACCGCCCGAUGUUACAGUGUGUGUGGGAGAGAAGGAGAAGGAGGAGACUGAAAAGCACGAAAUAAUGAAAUAAUGAACAGCCGACUGGCAAGUUGCAGUGAGGUGGGAGUGUUACAGACUGACAACACAGACGGUUUUGAAGACUCUGAAGAAGAAACACAAACUGUCACGGCUGAUCCGCAACAUUUCUGCAAUGGUUCCCACGUUCCUCUUCGAAGUUAGCAUUGCUGCUACUCGUAGUACUUCAUGGCCCACUGAAGUACAUAAGCUGCCAUGAUGCUAUGAGAUGUGCAUACACUUUUCUAUACAUUUUCAAUGCAUGAUGUUGUAAUGUGGUAAGAAUGGAUGUGAAAGUGCAUAAACCACAAUGGAAGGAGUGUAUUGUGUGAAGCGUGUGUAAAUGUUUUAAUAAUAUUAAUAGACAGUUCACGGAAGGUGGAACUGAAAGUGUCUAUCAGUGUCUAGUUUACACAUUAAUGGUUUACAAAGUUCAACUUAAAUAAAGUUGGUGUGUCCCUGUUGAA